AUGCGCGCAGCUUGAGCAACUUCCUCAAGCACUCUGUUUCCUUUUGCUCAAGGCUCUGUUCCGUCUGCUUGUUUUGCCAUCCGAUUACUCCGAUCUCCUUCUGGUCCAUCUCCGAUCAUCACCUCCGGUCCUCCUUCGCCAUAAGCUCCGAAUACCUGAUAAAUGCACCCCAAAUGCAAUGGAAAUGCAAAAUGCUAUCCUAAAGCUAAAUGAUCCUAAGUAG